AGCCAAUCUUCUAGAAACAACGCAGAACCCUCGGGAAGGCCAGAUGGCACUCCUGUGCCACGUAACCCCUCCUCCCUCAUUUCUCUUGCCCUCCAAGCUCAGACCUGCCAUCCCUCUUCUCAGAAAGCGCUUCUUCUCCUUCUCCGUCUCUGCAGCCAUGGCUUCCGAUUCUCCUGCUAAGAAGGUUUUGGUUCCGAUUGCCAAUGGCACGGAGCCGAUGGAGGCGGUGAUCACCGUUGAUGUUCUGCGGCGGGCUGGAGCCGAUGUUACUGUGGCUUCUGUGGAGAAGCAGCUCCGUGUGGAUGCUUGCCACGGCGUUAAGAUCAUCGCUGAUGCUUUGAUUUCGGACUGCAGCCAAAGCGUCUUCGAUCUCAUUACUCUACCUGGAGGCAUGCCAGGUGCUACUAAUCUUAAGAAUAGUGAGGUCCUGGAAAGUUUGGUGAAGCAGCAGGCCACAAAUGGGAAGCUCUACUCUGCUAUAUGUGCUUCACCUGCAGUGGCACUUGCCUCAUGGGGUGUGCUGAAGGGACUGAAGGCAACUUGUUAUCCAUCUUUUAUGGAGCAAUUAGCAUCUGGUGCAACCGCUGUUGAGUCAAGAGUGCAGCUGGAUGACAAAGUUGUGACAAGUCGUGGACCUGGUACUACCAUGGAGUUUGCUGUUGCACUGGUCGAGCAAUUAUAUGGGAAAGAAAAAGCUGAUGAAGUUUCUGGGCCACUGGUGAUGCGUUCCAACCAUGGUGAUGAAUAUAUCAUAACUGAGUUAAACCCAGUUGAGUGGACUCCCCAUGAUACCCCAAAGAUUCUUGUACCUAUUGCGAAUGGCACAGAGGAAAUGGAAGCUGUUAUGAUUGUCGAUAUUCUACGACGAGCCAAAGCGGAUGUUGUAGUGGCCUCUGUAGAGGAUAAACUAGAAAUUCUUGCUUCCCGCAAAGUUAAACUGGAGGCGGAUAUCUCCCUUGAUGAAGCUGCCAAACUUUCAUAUGACCUAAUUGUCUUACCUGGUGGACUUGGUGGUGCCCAAGCAUUUGCAAAAUCGGAAAAGCUCAUGAAAUUGUUAAAAAAGCAGAGGGAAUCCCAGAGACCUUAUGGAGCAAUAUGUGCCUCCCCAGCUCUAGUUUUGGAACCCCAUGGCCUACUCAAGGGUAAAAAGGCCACAGCAUUCCCCGCAAUGUGCGACAAGCUGUCGGAUAAAAGUGAAAUCGAGAACAGGGUAGUGGUUGAUGGCAACCUCAUCACCAGCAGAGGACCAGGAACUUCAAUGGAGUUUGCUCUUGGAAUUGUUGAGAAGUUUCUCGGUCGCGAGAAAGCGAUAGAGCUUGCAAAAGUGAUGCUUUUCGUUUAUCCUUAGAGCUUAUGUUCGUGUAUAAUGUGCGCGCCCAUAUAUUCGGUCCACGACUACCAAAAGCAGAAAGCUGGCUUCGUAUUUGAGUAUGAAUCCUUCGUGCUUAACUGAGUUCGUAUAUAAAUAAAUGUGUAGAGGACUGAAAUAUUAUAGUUCUUUGGAUAAGUUUUUGAGUUUCACCGUGUGCUGAAGAGUUUGUGUUACAACUAAAAGAGAGUUUCAUGUAUAAUUUUGUGGUAUCUCGUUUGUUUAGGUUGACAAGCUCAUGGACCCUACAUAUUUGCGUUUGAUAAUCAUUUUGUUUUUA